CAACUGGUGGGCGGGGCUUAAAACAUCACCGCAGAGUCUGUCAUUCAGUCUCUGCUGAUUUGAGACACUUAUUUCUGCUGCACUCGUGGCGACAUGAGCGGAAGGGUUGGAGAUCUGAGCGUGAAGCAAGCCGAAGCUUUGGCCCAGUUUCGGGAAAAAGUUCAGGAUGUCCUGCCUCAGUGUCCUUCCCAGAGUGACCACUUUCUGCUCAGAUGGCUGAGAGCCAGAAACUUCAAUUUACAGAAAUCCGAGGCCAUGCUGCGCAAGCAUAUAGAGUUUCGGAAACACAUGAAAGUUGACACCAUCACAACCGAGUGGCAGGUGCCAGAGGUCAUAGAUAAGUAUCUUUCUGGUGGCAUGUGUGGACACGACCGUGAAGGAAGCCCGGUCUGGUAUGAUGUCAUCGGGCCGCUGGACCCAAAGGGUUUGAUGCACUCAGCCUCUAAGCAGGACUUAAUCAAGUCUAAAGUCAGGGACUGCGAGAUUCUGCAGAAAGAUUGUGAUCGACAGAGCGAACGGUUGGGUAGGAACAUUGAAUCCAUUACUAUGGUCUAUGACUGUGAAGGUCUGGGAAUGAAGCACUUAUAUAAGCCUGCUAUAGAGACUUAUGGAGAGGUUCUCACUAUGUUUGAAGAUAAUUAUCCAGAGGGACUUAAGCGAUUAUUUGUCAUCAAAGCACCUAAACUGUUUCCUGUGGCGUACAAUCUGGUGAAGCACUUUCUGAGCGAAGACACACGCCGUAAGGUCAUCGUCCUUGGAUCAAACUGGCAGGAGGUUUUACAGAAGUACAUCGACCCCGAGGAGCUGCCCGCAUAUUAUGGAGGAAAACUGACCGAUCCUGAUGGGGACCCCAAAUGUAGAACUAGGAUACACAGGUAAAGCUGCUGCCCCUUUCAGGACUGGAAGUGCUAAAACACCUCAGAAGACUUUGUGAACACUUAAAGUGGACUGAUAGUUAGAUGUUUUUUUUUGUUACAGAUAUUUAUUAAAAUACAUUUUGUGGAGUGUUGUUGCACUGUAACAUCACACAAGUCAAAAAAUGUUUGUGUUUUCUGCAUUUAAUUCUAGAGACUCAAAGAUGGUAGUAGUUAUUUUUGUCUUGAAAGAGCUUUUUCAUCACUGGUGCAACAUGUGGACGGCAGUUUCAUUGCCUAUUAAACUUGCAAUUAACCUUAAAGAAAACCACAAGAGCACUUCCUUUAUGGAAAAUGGCUAAAGGGGAGGUUAGUAUACAAGAAAGUUGCGUGUCUGCUGUUGAUCACAAAAAAGAUCAUGAGAUAUUGCAAAUCACAGCUUUUCCACUGAAGUAUCUUUAGUCAAGGAGGUUUUAUGGAGCAAGUUUUAAGACUGUGGCUCAAUCCCAGUUCAGUUUUAUAACAUAUUACAUGUUCAUACUUAUGAGUGCAGAGAAGUGCCGGUAAUAAUGGGCCAAAAAUGUGAUCGCAAAUACUCACGUUUCAAGUUUUUUGUGUUUGCAUUUUGCAUAUAAUCUAAAUACAUGUACUGUAUAUCCCCUUACUGAUAAAAUAAUACUCAAAAGUAAGGGUCAUUUCUAGUAUUCAGAAAGAAUGCAUAGUGCAAGUGUUACAUUAAAAUAAAAAGAAUAAUAAAUGCCUUUGAUUAUGAGAUUUAGUUGUGGUACUGUAAAGGGCGAAUUAUACUUUCGCCUGGUGCCGCAUCGCGCACCUCCGCUAACUGUGCCAGCACCUCGCGAAACGCCGAGGCUUUUAUACUCGCCGCAUUCGCCGUUGUGAUAUUCUUUCAAAUGACAGGGGGCGGUCAAAAGAAACCCACCG